GGAUGAGGACACUCAAUCUGAAAAACAUCAAGGAGGAAGCUUAGUUACUGCUUCUAGCCUUGACCAAGAAAAGAAAUUUCAGCAUCAGUUGUCUUCAGAAGAUAACGACUUGACACAAUUUACCUACUUGUUCGGUAGUCGACUCAACCAUGACCAACAACUUAACGAAGUAUGAGAAAUCUGAUGACGAUGCGAUCAUACCUAGUUCAACCCAAGAAGACCAAGUUUCUCAAAAUUCUUCUCCCAGAUUUGAUGAUAAUGUCUCAAAAUAAUUUGGCUGGAAAACCUGGUUUGGUCGUCAAUGGAAAGAAUAUUUGAUGGCAUGGCUGUGCAAGCUACUCAGAGGAGGGGUAGUUCAUCAGGCAGUAUUUUAUUGCCAGAUGCCUGUUUUCUUCCUAGUAAAGGAGAGGGCAACAAAUAACAAGCAAGAUGAGAAAGCAAAGGUUGCAGUUGUUCAACAAAGGGGACGUUUUAAAGUCACAUCCAAAAAUGUCGAAUUAGACAAGGUAGCCCUGUCUCCCUUGCUACAAAAGAGUCGCAGUAUGCAGGUGAUUGCCCAUCAUCCUUCCUUUCCUCUUCCACCAUCAUCACCAUCAGAUCCUACACUACCGAAGCUUGUUGGCCAUUCCCUUUUUCUGAUGGUUCAGUCUGUUUUGCACACAAAUACUCAUCAAAGGGAAAUUAUCCUAAGCCUAAUGAAACGAGUCUCAGUCGGUGACUUUACAGUUGAUAGAGGAGGUCUUCCAAUGAAUACAUCUGUUGCUGAAAAAUCACUAGUACAUAAUAAUGCAUUGUUCCUUGGCCUACUUGAAUUACAUUUUGAAGAGCAUGAUGGGCCUUCUUUAAAUGAUCAAACACGUACUAUCAGUGGGUCAUUGGUCAAUGCCAUGGUGGAAGCUUGA